AUGAAUAAACUCGACGAGCUCAAACACAACAUCACUGAGGAUGCGUUGAAGAAUGGUGACAAGACCUCCACCAACGGCGCCAUCUCUCGCGGACCGAGCCCCAACCGUGGUGCUUCGGUUCGGGAUGUCGACGCACAAGGCCCAGAUUCGGAGAGCAAGCGUGAGUGGCAGAAGAAGCGCGGCAUCGACGUCUCGAAGCAGGUCCGACUUGCCAAGUUGAGCCAUAUGCGAUAUCAGCAUCCUGAUCUGAACAAGAUCACGACUUUUUUGAGAGAUUUCGGCAUGCAUGUGGUCAAGAAAGGCGAAAACGAGCGCUGGUUCCGUGGCUACGGCCCAGAUCAAUACGUCUACUACGCCCGUCAAGGUCCCAAGAAAUUCCUGGGAGGUGCCUUUGAAGUCGAGUCCAAAGAGGAACUCGACAAGGUGUUGAAGAUCCCCGGCGCCACAGCCCUCACAAACGGCAUCGAAGAGAUGACUGAUGCCCCCGGUGGUGGCUACAUUGUCACCAUCGCCGAUCCAGAGGGCUUCCCUGUGAGCUUUAUUUAUGGUCAGGCAGAAGUUAAGGAGGAGAGGAAGAAGCCCGGCAAACUAGUUGUGAACGAUGAGACCGAUAAGCCCAGAGAGAAGGCGUUUCAGAGAUUUGAGCCUGGACCGGCGGCUGUUCACAAGCUGGGUCAUUUCGGCAUCAACGUCGACAACUUCCCCGCUCAGAUGGAGUGGUACACACGCCACUUCAACAUCUACCCCAGCGACAUCCUCUAUGUGCCCCAGGACUCCAUCGACCCUGCCACCGGCAAGCCGGGACGCAAGGAAGUCGCUCUCUUCGCAUCUAUCGACCAGGGCCAAAAAUGCGUCGACCAUCACACCUUCUUCAUGACCACGACCGCCCCUGGCAAGGAGAAACACGUACACCACUCCUCGUAUGAAGUGCAUGACUUCGAUACUCAACUCCUGGGUCAUCAAUGGCUCGCAGAGAAGAAGUAUGAGCCAGUCUGGGGCGUCGGGAGACACAUUCUCGGGUCACAGAUCUUCGACUACUGGUGGGAUGCCACGGGGUUUAUGGUCGAGCAUUAUGCUGAUGGAGAUCUCGUCAACGAAGACACGCCGGUCGGAUAUGGACCCGCGGAGCACGAGGGGUUGGCAGUCUGGGGACCAGAGGUGCCACAGACGUUCUUGGAGUAG